UUACUUUUUGUGAAUGUGGGCGGUGGUGGCGACUGCCAGCCAGUUAUUGAGUGCGAUAACGAAGCUUCUUUGGGUAAGGAGCAAAAGUCCGACGUUGUUAUUGAUGAGAAGGAAGUAAAUCCCAUGGUGAAAUUGGAGCUGAAGAAGCGCAAGGAACGUACUUCAGAGGAACGCGAGAGUGCGCUUACGCGCAAGCGCUCAAGUGGCGAAGAACGCAAGGAUAGCAGCGCAGAGAACGGCGAACAUGAGCGGGAAGAACAACAGCUCCGAGAACGUGUCACACAAAGCGAAAUGUCUGAUCAACCCUCAGAACGUGUCGCAGGUGCUGAGGUGGAUGAGCAACAACAAGCCGCAAAUGUGCCUCAGCCAGUAGAGGAAAUGGAGAGUGUGCGACAACCAGCGGAAAAGACUAGCAGCGCUUCGGCUACGAAUGCCCCAUUUGCAUCGAGUGGUUCGCACAAGCGCGCAAGUGUCAAUAGUGAACAGAUUGCGCCGCCGCCACCGCCACCACCAUCGCUGCAUCACGGUACGCAUGGCUACAACAAGUACGCGCCUGAGGGUUAUUUGCUAAAUGAACAUGGCAUGUUAAUAACACACGAUUUCGUACAUGCGCCUACGGCCGCCGUACCGUCGACGGGAGCAACAGCGUCCUCGUCGAGUGGCGUUGUAGCAGCCGCCAAUGGAAAUGAUCAGGAGUUUGUUGAUAUAAAAAUGGAAGAGUACGAUGGCACAGAAUUGCGAUUGACCACCGAAGAAAUGUCUGAGUGGCAGGAUGUAAUCAAAAUGGAUGAUUAUUUGGCAAAAGGACGAAGGCCGCAGUUCUGGGAGGAGCCGUUCACGCGACGCGUACUGGAUGCUAUCAAAAAUAAACGCUUGGAAAUGAAGAAAGCUGCACGCAUUUUGGGUGUCUCCUACGGUACUUUGUAUGGACGAUAUCGAGAGGUCUAUGGAUGUUUGAAGCACCCUUAUAGUAGUACCACUUUUCGGCCAUCACAAACAAAUCAAUUAGCCGUGCAGCCGCGUUUUGACAUGGUUUGGCCCUCGCCUAAGCGUGAUAGUGGUCUAAUGCCUGGUCAGUUGGAAAUCGGAAAAAUACGUCCAAAGGAUCUAAGUGAAUUGUGGACGCGGCCACAGAUAUGAAAAACAGCACAACAAAAGAUCACAACCUGUAAAUAAUUUUGCUGUUUAUCAUUAUAAGCAAGUCAUAUUUGCAGUAUCGCGAUAGGACUUACAAGUGUUACUAGUACUUUUUUCUAACUAUCAAUAAUUUUUGUAUUACUC